CUGUCGAUGAGUGGGUUAAAUCUCCUGUCGAAACCACCCCCUGAUUUCCUCUUAUCAUUACAGUCAACAGGGCUUACUAACUUGUGUCGAUGGAGUCGAAACCCUGUAUUCCUGGCAUGUGCUGGAUCAGUCGUCGGUGUCUUCGUUAUUUUCGGUUACUCUCGAAUGCGUGUGCUGUUUCGGACACUAACCGCCGCCGAAAAUGAUCUUCCCAUGGGUCUUCCGAAUCCGCGGAAUUUGUGCUACCUCAACGCACUUCUACAGGCCAUGUCAACAAAUGCUAGCCUCGUACGCUUUUUGAAACGAAGUGCGCACACUAGACGGAGCAAGCUGCUCUAUUGCCUCGUCUGUCUUCUCAAAGGUAGUAUCCAUGCGACACUUACGGCCUCUCAUAUGAGAGUGUCCGAGCGUGUAUCACUAUUCAAGCUUUGUUGUGCUGUUGGUCCUGGCGAUCUUCCAUCUACCCUGUUCAACAAUUUCGCUCUUCGUUGUUCAAAUGAUUAUAUACUCGCCCACAAUCUGGAGAACGUGCUGCGUGAAGUCCACACAGCAUUUAUGUAUGAGCUCGCAAAUGCUCGGAGUUGGUCAACAGAUGAACAGCAGGAUGCUCAUGAAUUAUUUGGCUUUCUCAUGGAUGUUGCGUGUUGUCGAGAGUUGGGUCGGACCGCCUUCAAAGCCAGCGAAGGUUUAACCUCCGUCUCGCGAUUCAUCGGGCCACGUUACGAACAAGUUGUUCCCCGUUCCUUUCAUCGUGCGCGAGUCAACAGUGUACAUAACCCGUUUAUCCUGCACGCCCCUAUGCGAAUCGAAGUCUUUCAGCAACACUUGCUAGUCAGUCAGGUGACUUGUCGAAGGUGUGACUACCGUAGCUCGCCCGUGCUUCAACCAGAGGCUUGUCUUACCGUUUUCUUUGACUGCUCUUCCUACACCGCUGCAAUAUCUCGUCACCAACGAUAUACCCACCUUGGAAUUGCUAAACAACAGUCAACGUCACCGAUUCCCCCCCGGUUAUCGGAUUGCCUGGCGAAGCAGUUUGGCACGAGUGAACCACUUCAGGAUCUUCAUUGCCCAAAAUGUCAACCAACAGCUAAAAACUUAAGCGGUCACACGGGACUUUGUCAGCAAGAACGCUGGAUAGCUCAUCUGCCGUCGUGCCUUGUCCUACAUGUUCAAAGGAGUGCAUGGUUAGGGCGUACAGGCAUCAGUUGGAAUCCUUUUGGAUUUGGAUCCAAGCGACAGGACUAUGUAUCCUUCCCCUGCCGCCUCAACAUGGCCCGGUAUAUGUUGUCAUCUCGAUCAAAUGCAACUUCGGACAGCGAUCAUCAGGACUCUGGGGGCGUAUAUCAACAGAGUGCCAUUUCUCAGAUUCAUGCUCGUUCAGGUUGGCGCCCUGUGUCCCCAUCUCGUUGUCGCAGUUGUUCCUCCUGGUGUCAGCUAUUAAAGCAGCCGCGGACGUACGUCUUGCGAGCAGUUUUGGUGCAUCAAGGUGAAUCCAUAAACUCCGGUCACUAUAUAACGUAUCGGGUGUGGAGAAAGCGUGAUCCUAAAAGGUCGGUCAGAGAACCCGUCUACCUGCGGUUCCUGCGGUAUAUCACAACAUCAGUCUCCAAUUUUUUCCACGGUAUUCCAAACCGUACCGUGCGAAGCUCGUCACCUUGGAUAUUCACCUCAGACGCUCACGUCUUGCGAGUGUCAAGCGAUGAGGUGCGCUCAAGUUUGGCAUAUCUGCUCUUCUACGAGCGUGAUACACACGCAUCAACCUAUGAACCAGGAUCGCGGAGUAUGUCCGCCUCUUUUACCGAUUUAGAUAACAAGGGAUCAGAUUGGGACUUGGGAGAUUCUGCUUAUGCGCCUCCCAUUACACCUGAAGAGACCGACGACGAACUUGACCCGGGUGAUAUGGAAGAAGAGUCCGAUGAAACCAGUGAUGCCGGUGAAAAUUUUACGGGCUGUUCCAAGGCAGAAAUAAUACGCACCUACGCACUCGCUGCCUCACAGCUGUAGCGCCUUAUUCAGUCUAUCUUACGAGUGUUUUUUUUUACGUAUCCCCUCCCCUUAGUUGUACAAUCAGAUGCUGAUUUUCUGUCUGUGAUCGUCAUCUCCAUUGUUAGCUAACACUGAUGAAUUGGUGGUACCUAUUUUCAACUAUCGCUGUUUUCCUCCGGAUGGUACUUUGGGAUGGCACAAUGAUCACUGUGGUUUCAAAUUUGGAGUGCUUUAUGUCUACUUUGCUAGAUGAUGGGACUUAUUUUGUUUCCUAUCCUGUUUUUACUUGGUGUGCAACUUGGUCCUCAAAAAAGCGAAAUUCCCUGUGAAUUAAAAGCAUAAACUUAGCCGAUAAACUCAGUUUCCUAAGGUUGAUCUCCUGUAUGAAGUAGUGGCUUCGUCCACCUGACCACUUGUGCUGCGGCCCUUUUGGGUUUGUUAACUGACAUGGUUCCAGAAAGAAUAUCCGGUCGCGUCGCAAUUAUUAUCUCGACUGUUCGUUGCCAUGACCAGACUGACG